CUGGGGGUUAAAGAAGAUGCCGUAAAGCCUGUCUGUUGUCUGUUUGUGUGGGUGGAGUCGAGUACUCUGGGAUUACAGGACGGUAGUUCUGGAUUAUACAUCAUGAGACAAUACUGCAGCACAGUGAGAGAGCUGCAGUGGGACCACAGUGUAUCAGCAUCUGGACAAACACCAUCACCGUCCUUCUGGAGCAAUUUUCCUGAUGCUGCUUCUGAACAUUUCUCUCUCCAGUUUUUCGAUUGUGGAAAUUCAUUUUUCCUGGAUUUGACAAACUCCUUGUUUUCAAUAAUCUUCCAAAGUUAGACGACAGAAAGAGAUUCACAAACUCUGAAUUAGGAGUCAUGUAUAACAGAAACAACACCAUCAACAUAGAGAGGAACAAGAAGAACAAACGAGGCAAAACAUGGGCUCACUUGAAGACCAUGCCACACCUGGAUAAGAUGGAGAUGAAGGAGAACAUGACAGAGGAGCAUGCGUCCAUGCAGCUCACCACUUAUGGGAAGGCCCUCUAUGACCUGACCCAUUCUGAGAAGGUGAUGAAUGACCUGACGUUCGGACGGCGGGUGGGCUUUUACGAACUAAGAGGGCAGAUCGGCUGUGGCAACUUCUCCCAAGUUAGACUGGGGAUACAUGACCUGACCAAAGAGAGGGUGGCAGUGAAAAUCCUGGAUAAAGUGCGUCUGGACAAACGCUCGCAGACACUUUUUGUCUCUGAAAUCUCCUGCAUGGAGAAGUUGUCUCACCCCAACAUAGUGCAGCUGUAUGAGGUGGUGGAGACUUUCAAGAGGCUCUACCUGGUGAUGGAGUAUGCCAGCGGAGGAGAGCUGUUCUCUCGUAUCAGCACCAGGGGGCGCCUGUCAGACUUGGAGAGCAAGCUUGUGUUCUCGCAGGUCCUGUCUGCAGUCAAAUACAUGCAUGAUAACAACAUUGUCCACAGGGACCUGAAGGCGGAGAAUGUUUUUUACACCAGCACUUACUGCAUUAAAGUGGGUGACUUUGGCUUCAGCACAAUCUGCUGCCCCAGCGAUGUCCUGCACACGUUCUGUGGCUCUCCACCUUACGCUGCCCCUGAGCUGUUCAAAGAGAAAGGUUACAUUGGUCAAUAUGCAGACAUGUGGGCGCUGGGUAUCUUACUUUACUUCAUGAUGACUGCCACCAUGCCAUUCAAAGCUACCAACACAGGCAGGCUCAGAUGCUGCAUCCUGCAGGGCUCUUACGCCAUCCCCUCCUAUGUAACCCAAUCGUGUCAGGGGGUCAUUAGGGGCCUUCUGAGGCCAGUGCCUGUCGAUCGCCUCACAAUUGCACAGACCAUUUCCAGCAAAUGGAUGCGAGGCAUUGAAUACCCUGAGGCGUAUCCCUCUUACAACCCUACACCUUCCCAUCUGGUUGAGUCUGCCUACGUCCUCAGCUCAGAUGAAUUAAAUGUCAAGGCAGCGCUUGAGGAUCUUGGUAUCACCAGGGUCCAUCUCCUCAAGAACAGCCUUGAUCUGAGAGGCCCCGUCACCGGGACUUACCGGAUUCUGCUGCACCGCAUUCAAAAGCGGAGGUCUGUUGAGGCUGUGGGUUACAGCCACUUAUGCACCAUGGAGUCACAGAACAACUUGCGAUGGAGAGCAGGGUCAGACGGCCAAUUAAACAAGGACCACUCUGUCGUCUGUGCCAUUAUGUAGCUCGGGGGGUGUCAAAAACAGGGAUCCCACACCUUGGUUGACAUCAAAUUCAAGGACUGUUCAAGGACU